AUGGAUCGCUUCAUGAACAUCCUGCGCAAACCAGGCGCCAAGCCUGAGAUCCAGGGUGUCGCUCCCACCCAACAUCUGGCCGGAAAAGAGACCCUCGACCAUCCAAAUGCCAAGGGCUAUAUACCCAAAAGCAAGCCGAAGAUGCUUGAUCGCUGGUUGGACUUCGUCGUCCGAGUGUCUGGCUCUGAGCCCGUCUUCUUCCUGAUCCUCGCGGGACUCCUCACCUGGGCUCUACUCGGGAUCAAGUACGGGUCGACCGAUAGCUGGCAGGUCCUGAUCUCUGACAUUCAAGCCAUCGUCAGCUACAUAUUUGACUCCUUCCUCGUGAGACAGCAGCUGAAUGCAUACGAGGAGGAGAUGGUAGUAGCCGCUGAGCUGGAGUCCCGGAUCCUCAGCCACAAAAGGAUGCUCGCGAAGCUCCAUCAAACGCUCGAAGCGCAAGACCAGGAGAAAACCACCCAGCUAGUCAAUCUAGUCAAGAAGCACCAGAACGCCCUCGAGUUCGGCACAGAGCUCCCCACGGAAACCCGAUUCGGACGGACCAUCACCUGGAUCUCGCAUGUAAUCGGCCACCUAGGCACCAUCACGCUCUUCUGGGCGGGCGUGUUCACCUGGAUCGCGCUCGGUCAUCGCUCCCACUACAGCGACAAAUGGCAGCUAUACAUGAACUCCGCCUCGUCGGCGCUCAUGGUCUUCAUCUUCGCCUUCCUCGCCAACAUCCGGGAACGCCACGCCGCCUACACCCGCAGCUGCCUCGACGCCAUCUUCCAAGUUGACGCCUCCCUCGAAGCCAAGCUCCGCCAUCUCACCGACGACACUCUCCCCAACGACAUCGUCAUCAUCCCAGCACCGCGCGUGAGCAAAAUCCAACGGGCCAUCUUCUACUACGCCGACUUCGUCGGCACCCUCGUCGGCAUCGCCAUCCUAGUCGCAGUGAUUAUCAUCUGGAUCGCCAUCGGCCCCCUCCUGCACUUCGAUUCCAACUGGUGGCUUCUCAUCGGCACCUACGCAGGCCUAAUCGGCAUGAACGACGGCUUCGUGCUCCGCAACAUGCAAGCCCGUCUGCGCUGCUACGUCGACGCCGAAUUCGCCCGCAUCACCGCCCAAGACGCGACUCUCUUCGCUACCGCCGGGAUUCCCGCGCCCAGCGACGAGGUCGUCCGUGGUGCGUCGCUGACGCGGCGCGUGUCGGAGACGAUGGGGCGCGUGUGCGCGCAUGAAAUCACGGUCGUGUUGGGGUUUCUGACGAUCUUGGGCUUGAUUGCCGGCGCUAGUGCCAUGCGAUGGACGAUGACGGGUCAGUUGUUGUGUAAUGUGCCGCCCAGCUUGAUCGAGUCGUUUUUCAUGAUUGUGUUGGUGACGGGGCAUAAUUCGGCCGACGAUCGGAUACGGGUGGAUCUGCGAAACACGUAUGCGAGGCGGUUGCAGUUGCUGGGGUUUGUCCAUGCUGUCCAGUCAGUUUGGUGA